GAAAAAGACUACUUCUCGGGUAACUACAUUCCUGACAGCAGUUCCAAGAUUUCGUGACGCAUUGCGAUCACAGUCGAUAACCGGUCCGUUUCACAAAUCGUAUCGUUCGAUCGUUCCCAAUCUGGCCACGGGGCAGCAUCAGUGGCGCAAGGGAAAAAAUAGUUCCUCGCUCGACGACACAUUCCACAAAUUCUCGAAAGGUCAGCGUACCAAUUAAGCCGCAUAGAAACUGUCUCGACGCAUUUCGAGCAACGAGAAGCAGACGGGCAAGCAACAAGUACAAACGAAUGGUUGUAGGCUGAAGUACCGACCGGUACGCAAAAAUAAUUAACCAAGUCGCGGAAAGAAGCCGCGAACCGGCAUCGAGGAGGCUCUUCGCGCAGCCGGGAUGGGGUGCUGAAAUGCCAGAGGGACAUUUUGAAAAUCUUUGCCUCGACGCAUGCGUCCCGACGCACUCGACGCCCGAUGGAGCGCGAUGAAGCUGCCCCUCGGUGGAUGAAGAAGGGUCGAAACCCGGAGAAGAGAGGUUUUCUGGUGGUGUGCGUCGACAUCGGACCAGCCAGGACACCGGGCGUCGCGCCGCGUCGUUCCACGAUCCUCGCGGUAUAACCUCUCUAUUCUAACCUCUCAACGCAACCGUUCGAUUUAAUCUCUCGAUUUUGCCUCUCGAUAUCAACGACUCUCCGUCGAAUUCACUGACCAACUGAUUUACCGUGCUCCAAGUACACGAGAACAAAAAAUUAUGCCGGGUGAAAACAGAAACAAAAGUUCGAAGCACAUCACGACCGGAGUGAGAGAGACGUCUCCGACGAAGACGAGCGAUCUCGAAGUAAGAACUCGUGGCAGCUCGAUGAUCCCUCUCCCCCGUGCGAUGCCACAGAACCCCAAGACCGUGAAGACGGAGAAGAAUCGUCUGAGACUGAUCAUGGAGAACAACAGAGGACUCGCGGACGCGUUGGUGAAGGAACGAAGGGUCAACGUGAACAAGGAAGAGGACGGUUAUCGAGUGUCCUCUGCCAGGGAGCCGGCUACAACGCGAUACUACGACCUGUCCUGCAACGUGUAUCGAGGUCCUGUUCGAAAGGAGGACUCGGAGGAUUGUCAAAAGAGAGCGGAAAGAUUGCUGUCAGGGGAGUGUCGCGUGUCUCAGGGGCCGGUAGGCGUCGGCGUGGAAGGUGUCGGCUCGUGGAGGGCCCAGCGGCGCCCCCACGACAUCGAGAUACCUACGCCCCUGGCCGGCGUCGCGGCGCACGAGCUGGAGUCGUCCGUGGACGGCGCAGCGUUCAACCCUGUCGUCGCAGCAGCGACGAUAUCCGCGAGAUGCUCGCUGGUGAAAAACGCUCUGAAAACGCCUCCAUCCUCCUCCACUUCUCUGCCCGUCAAUGCCCACAUCAGGCCGAGGUUGUACCUGGGCUCCGUGAUCGCUGAGACCAGCAAGGAGAAUGCCAUGGAGCCGGAAGUGAAGGAGGAGGACGAACGAAGGUCGUCCACGCCGAGCCCCGAGCAGAUAUAUGCAAGAAGAAAUAAACGUUACAAUGAGGGUGGAAGCAGCGAGGAAGACAACAAACCGGAUACAUCCCUACAGGGUCACAGAUUACCGUCUUCUUAUCGAGGAACCUGGCCCAUCAGAAGAGAUGCAUGGGCCAAUCAACAAAUGGGCUUUUCUACUCAACAAAGCACAUCAGCCACUGUACAUAAUGACGUUGCCAGCGUGAUGAGCUUUUCCUCGAAUUCGGGUGGGGCUCUCAGCUGCUCCUCGGAAAUGCAAGGCGAUCGAAGGCUAGGAGCGAAAGUAGACGUGGUUUACAACUUACUGGGAAUGCUGGGUAGCACAGAAGGUCGAGAAGAUAUGAGCGCGACACUGCUCUCUAUGAGCAAUUCGAUAGACAAUUGCCUCAUAAUGAGACAGUCAGGAUGUCUGCCGCUGUUGGUACAGCUGAUUCACGCUCCGGGACAGGAUCCAGAAACCAGAGAUAGAGCAUCACGAGCUUUGCACAAUAUAGUGUAUGCCAAGAGUGACGAGAGAGCUGGACGUCGGGAGGCGAGGGUUCUCCGAUUCCUGGAACAGUUGCGAGAGUAUUGUCAAGCUCUAAGGACAUCCUUGGAAACAGGGCAAGUUCCUGAUGAUUUGGAAAGGCAUCCUGGGCCAACGAUAGCAGCACUGAUGAAGCUUUCUUUCGACGAAGCUCAUCGUCACGCCAUGUGCCAACUCGGUGGACUUCAUGCGGUUGCAGAAUUGAUCGAGAUGGAUCACAUGGCUCAUGGAAGCGAAUGCGAUGACCAAAACUGCAUCACCUUGCGUAGAUAUGCCGGCAUGGCUCUGACAAAUCUGACGUUCGGCGAUGGAAACAAUAAAGCAUUACUCUGUUCCUUCCGGGAAUUCAUGAAGGCUCUGGUCUCGCAAUUGAGAAGUCUGAGCGAUGAUCUUAGGCAAGUUACAGCAUCUGUUUUGAGAAAUUUGUCAUGGCGAGCAGAUACUAGUAGCAAACAAACACUGAGAGAAGUUGGGGCGGUGACUGGUUUAAUGAAGGCUGCGAUGGAGGGUAGGAAAGAAUCAACGCUCAAAUCGAUAUUGUCUGCACUUUGGAACUUGUCAGCACAUUGUAGUAUCAAUAAAGUAGACAUUUGCGCCGUGGAUGGAGCACUGGCAUUCCUCGUAGAUAUGUUGAGUUAUAAAGCCCCAUCUAAAACUCUAGCUAUUGUAGAAAAUGCUGGUGGCAUUUUGAGAAAUGUAUCUAGCCACAUUGCCGUUAGGGAAGAUUACCGAGCCAUUGUAAGAGAAAGGGGGUGUUUGCAAGUAUUAUUACAACAAUUGCGAUCACCUAGUUUAACCGUUGUUAGUAAUGCCUGUGGAGCUCUGUGGAAUCUUUCAGCUCGAUGUCCACAAGAUCAGCGUUUAUUAUGGGACCUGGGCGCUGUUCCAAUGCUUCAUAGUCUAAUCCACUCUAAGCACAAAAUGAUUUCAAUGGGUUCAAGCGCAGCCUUGAAAAAUUUACUCAGUGCCAGACCAGGUUGCAACAGCCUUGUUCACUUAGACACAACAGCUCGCGGAUUAGGCCUUCCAACUCUACCAACUCUGGUUGCCCGUAGACAAAGGGCUCUUGAGCAGGAAAUAGAUCAAAACCUGGCCGAAACUUGCGAUAAUAUUGAACCUAGCACAUCUCCGACUAACAAAGAUGAUAAAUUUUCAUUCAAGGUAGAACGCAGCUUCUUAGGGAUUAACACGCGCACUUUACGCUCCUAUCAGUUGCACAACCAGCCCAGCACAUCCAACAUAAAGUGCAACGGAGUCGCCAGGAGCGAGAGUAGGGACUCCAUGCGCUCCAUAACAAGCACUCACUCUGACACUAUGUUCGAAAGAGUAAAUCGACACGUAUUGAAUGGACUAUCACCCACUGAUAUUCAGAUAAAACAGCAAUCCUCGUCUCUACAUUCCGCAGUCGGUUUCGACAACGGAAUAUCUAGUGACAGUCAUACGAAGACAUCUUCAGAGAAGAAGUACACGUUACGUUAUAAAAACGCCAUUCCAGAUCGUCUAAAGUCAUCGGAUGGUUUUAAUGGUCUUGGUGACCUUAGAUGUACCAAUUCUACCAUUUCGUGGUCUUCGGCUCCAGACCAAGAAUCCGCCUGUUCACAAAAUUUGCUGCACUCCUCCGUAGAAGAUAAUUUGCCACAGAGCAUAUCCUCUGCGCUGAAGACUGGCAGCCAAUCUAGCAUUUCCGAGGAAACGGAACUAAACAUUUGCACAAAAACGGAGUACGUGACCACAAAAAGUGGAAUAGAAACAUCGUCCACAUUGUCGUUCGUUAACAGCAAUUCUCCCGUAAAAGACACUAUCAACAUUGGAAAUGUCUACGAUAAGACUGUACUGCACCAACAUAAUUCGUUGAAUACUAUACAACAAGCUAUUUCGCCAACCGUCAGUCAUCGAACUGAAGGAAAUUUAUUCAGUGAUUAUGCUGAGACCGAUUUGGAUCAACCAACUGAUUAUAGUUUGCGUUAUGCAGAGCGAAGUCUAGAAGACGAAGAGAAACCACAUUCCCAUUACUUUACAAGCAAUGAUCAGGAACUCAUUCACGAAGAUACAGUGAAGACUUAUUGCACUGAAGGAACACCGCAUGGAACGUCUUUGAAUUCUUCUAGAGCUGCGUCUGCAUCCGACUUGCAGGAGGAUAGUCGGCAGAGGAGUUUGUUGAAGAAAAUUCAGGAGCAGAGUAAAUUACAGGAUAAAGACGAAUUAAACAUAGAAGACACGGAUGUUUCAGAUGAGAAGAAGAGAAGUCAGGCGUCGCAUUAUUUUGAAACAGAUAUCAAGAAUGACAAUGUCGAGAAAGAUACUCGUGCCUCUGCAAAAAAUUCAGUAAGCUUAAGGACUACACUUGCACAAGUACCUACAAGCAGCUUACAGUAUGAUGAAGGUGAUAAUAUAGCGUCCAAUUUCACAAAAAAUAAGCCAGAUAUGAAAAAGAAAUAUGACACUCAAAAUGGCAUGUUCGAAAAGAACGAUAAAAAUUAUCCCAGCAACGGAGUUAAUUCAUACGUGACCAGUGCACUGAAGGCUUCUAACGAUUCAGGAUGUAAGGAAUUUGAACUAAAAGGAGAUACCCGUAACAUGCCUUGUGUAUUAAAUAUAAACAACUCUUCCGAAUGUUUAGAUCAAGUCAGUGAUGGUGAUGAAGACGAUGAAGAUCUACUUACAGCUUGCAUUAACAUUGGAAUGCAAAAUAAUAGGCACAGGCAUUCAUUUAUAGGAAAUAAUUUCGAAAAAGUUCCACGAAAUGAAAGCAAUUUAGCCAGGUACCAAACAAGUGUUGCACUAGAUCAAAUGGAAUGUAAUUCAUCAGUCGAUUCUACCAUGAACAGCCUUGAUAUGAAACGAUGGGGAUCUGAAGAAAUGGUAGAUCCCGAUAUUUGUACAGAUAAUGUUAAUGAUAAUUCAACAAACAUGAAUAUUGAGUCAGAUUAUAGCCAAAAUACAGCCAAAUUUAUGGAAAAGGUGGUAGAAACUAAAAUUCCAAUGCAACAGUCAAAUCAAGUUUUAUUGAGUGAAUUAAAUAAGGUAAGAAACACUCAACAGAAUUUAUUAAUUGGUGACGAUGAUCUGUGCAAUUUUUCAUUGCCUUCAAAUUUGAGAAAUAGCCCAAUACUGCAUGAAACGGUGGUUUUCAAUACGGAACCUACUCAGCAGCAAUAUUUAUCUAGUAUCGAUACUCAAUCAAACGAGGAUAUGUCGUCUUUGAUUCAUAAUGAUCUUAUUGAAAAUGAUCAAAAUAUAGAUGAUGAUUCUGUUAAAUGGGAAAAUGACAAAGCGCCAGUAACCUUCAAAAAUAAAGUUAUUGAGAACACAUCUAUGCAGCAGUCUUAUACAAAAGUAACAGAUUCAGAGAGCAGUGAAUCGAUCGACUUUGUAGAGCAGUCCGAACACGCACUUUUGGAACUGUGCAUACAGCCUGGACUAUUGAAAACCAUGGACAAUAUUCAGCUAAAUAGAGCUACAAUAAAUAAAAUUAUAGAUGAAUUUGGAGAAAAACGAGUUAGCAGUUCUGAUGAAAGCAAUAAAAUGUAUAAUGACAUAUGUGAAGUAGAUGGCAUUAAUAAAGAAGAAGUUGAUUUGAAGCAUAAAUCUGCACAAAAGCUUGUAGACUCAACAAAAGACAUGGAGAAAGAAGAUGUAUAUCGACGUCAAAGGGAUCCUGAUGCCAUGAUUGCUUCAUUAGAUCGAUUAACUGCAACUCUGGUACAACAAACGGAAGCAAUCCGAGAACAAGAUUCGAGCGCAGUGAAACAAAGUAUUUUAAGUGAUACGUGGAACGAAGAUUCUCCUAACGAUAUCUCCUUUCCUAGCAUCAGUAUCAGUGCUCCUAUAAUUGCCUCAUUUAAGAGUGAUAUGCCAGAAGAACAAGUUACAAUUUCUUCAGAGUGCUAUGAAACAGCAAGUAGUGAAAAUGGACACAUGACAAGCUCAAAAAUUAUUCAAAGAGAAGCUAUUAAAUUAGCUGAAGCAGUGGAUGCGGAAAUGAACAGACAAAACGAGCUGGACACAACCAGUAUGACAUCCAUGGACUUAGAAGCAAUUAAACCCCCUUCCUCAAUGGGAAGCCUAUUAUCACUGACUGCAAGUUAUGCAGGUUCAGGUGACUGUAGUGAAUCAUUCGUUAAUCGAGACAGAUGCAAUUCUGCUUCCCUACCUCCAAUCCAGGUGAAGAACGUAUCUUCGUCAGAUUCUCGAAGCUGUCGCAAGAAAUCUCUUCCUCUGGGUGUUGUAGCCAAAAGAGCUCUUAGUCAAACUCAGAGUCAUACUGGUAGUUUGGAAAAUUUGUUGAAUGAGUGUACUGGUUCACAUUUAGAAAGUGUCAAACCACCCUCGAUGAUGGAUGAAUUACCGGACGUUGGUGAUAUGGAAAAUAGUAUGUUGAGCGUGGCAAGUAUCACAUCAGAAGUGGCAGACUCUAAGGAUCAAGAUUCGCAGAACUUAAGUGGAAGUGAUGCUGUAUUUGACUUACUAAAACCUGUUGCAAAUGUGCUUUCGAUGACGUGCAUGCGCUACGCUGAAGCUAUGCAGAAUAGUGCAAAUAAUAGUCUGAGCGAAUGUCUAGAAAAUAUCAAUCCCCCUUCAUUGUUCAAUGAAGUCUGUGAAAUGGAUGAAUCGACAGUCGAACAAGCCUCAGAAACUGUAUGUAGUGACACGUUGUGCAUUGACGCGGAAUUACAUACCGAAGAAGCUCCGCACCCUGUUAUGAUAGACAGAAUCGACGAAACAGGCGAUACCGAUGAGGCGGUUACGCCAAUUUCGUCUGAGUAUUGCGUCAGUAGCUCAGCAGAAUCCACGCCUAGAAAACGUUUGCACAGAAAUCUAACACCGAAACAAAAACGAACCUUAGCCAAGGAAAGGUACAAGACAUACACUAUAACUGCAAAAAUCGAUAAAAAAGAAGGAGAACAGCAAGAAAAUGUAGUAGAAGAAAAAAUUCAACGAGGUAAAUGCUCUCCUUUCUCGAAAUUGACACCUAAACAACGUAGACAAGAAGACAGAGCCAGGUUCCAGACGCAAGUAUUGGAAAAUCCCUUUCGUAACAUAAAUCAAGAUCAGAAUAAUCAGAAUAAUCAGAAUGAUCAUCAAGAAGUUAGUGUUACUUGUGAACAAGAGAAUUCUGAAAAGCCAGCAGGAGCAGUGUCUCCUGUAAAGUCUGCUAUUCCUACAUUGUCAAAACUAUCUGCUUGUAAAACAUUGAUUAAAAAACGUACUGAGCAAAAAAAAAAUAGGGAAAGGUAUCGUACAAGAACUUUGAAUGAAUCAGAACGCGUAUUUAAAGAUUUAGAAAGUAAUGUCGAUGUAAACGCGACAGAGGAUAGAGUACCAGAUUCAACGCACAAUAUCGGAUCAGAUGAAAUUCAAACAAUGUUGGAACAGAAUGCAACUAUCGUAUUAAAUACAUUGAACGAAUCAAAUAAGGCAAAUGAAAUUGGAGAAGACGGGUUGCUAGAUUGCGAGACUAUUAGCUUAGUGUCAAACGAAUCGGAAUCUGAACGAAAUCUACGAAUGCGAUUUGUCAAUGGCGUCUCAAAAAAAUUAAUAGGAUCAUGUACUCGACAGAUAAAUAAUGUACAAGAACCACAGGAUGUCCAUAAAGAAACAAAUGAGGUUGAAACACCCAAAUCACAAGAAGACAUCAGGUACACCGACAAUGUGGAAACUGAAAGCGAGGAUGAAUCAAAUAAUACCGAGGGACCACCUAGGGAGACAAAAAGACCUCGAAUAAUUAAACCAGGCAUGGUAAGAGAUCCUAGUAACGAUUCUAAUGCUACUGACAAAUCAGAUCCAGAAAGUCCGAAGGCUAUCCGAGGCAGAAGAAAAGCUCUCUACUCGAAUCCAAUUACACGAAAACCAACGCCACAGUCGUCUCCAUUGAAACAAAUAAACCCAGUUAGCGGGAUACCUAUAGGUCGUAGUAACACUUCACCUAUUGUAAGAGCAACCAGAGCUACCGCGCUCAGACAAAAUAAUAAUAGCUCACAUGUCUCAACAAGAGAAUCUGCAAAAUCAAAUAUUAAGUCUAAAACAACUCUUGGUUCAACAGAUGAUAAAAGAACAAAAAUUCUAUCAAUGACAGCAAAAAGAGCUUCAGUUCCUCAGAAAGGAUCAUCGUUAACAUUCACAAAAUCUGUGAAAAGACAUAGCACACCUCCAACAUGUUCUUCCUCGAAUUAUCAACAAGAGACUAAGUCAGACGUAACAGUCAAACCUCUGGAACGACAAGGUACGUUUACCAAAGACGAACCGGAAGUGGAAAAUGCGCCCACCGUAGUUUCUUCGUCUUCUUCCCCGAUAAAAACAAAGAUUGCGAAACCUAUCAGAGGGGCAACAUCCAAGGUACAUCCAGCAUCGGGGAAACCAAAAAUUUCACCAAAGACACAUCAAGCGCAUCAAUCGAAAUCGUCAAAGGGAAACUGUUCAGAAAAGAUUCCAUCUCCGAAAACAUUGCCGUUACUAGUAGCCCCAAAACGAUUACCUACUGGAAAGGUGACUGCAACUCAAAAAGUACCAAUUAGUCAAAAUACUGCACAAGCAGAAAACGGUAAAGUCUUUCGUAAAGUCGGUCCUCUUGGUCAGAGAUCCAACAGUAAUUCCAGUAUCGUUUCAAACUCGUCAACUGGAGUACAGACUAGAAAAUUAGCAAAGGAAGCGACUAGUAAAAUUGCAAGCCUUUGGAAGAAAGUAGAAGAGAGCAAAAUUAAGCAACGGUUUGAGAAACCAGAUACUAGGCAAUGGGUACAGCCUGGCAAUUGUGCCAAUGAAGUGGAUGCUCCAUCUCCAGUGAGUAAUCCACCAGCUUUUAGAUUAUUUCGUAGUUCAACGUUUGAAGGAGUGCCCCAAGAAAAUGAUCAUCCUGUAUCAGCUUUGUACAAAUCCAAAUUGAAAAGGCCAUUGGUAAUGGGCGUGCAACCUAGUAAAGUGAAGUACAGAAACUCUUGUGACUUAAGCGGAAUGAACGCGAAUGAUGCUCCUUGCAAGAUACCUGUAAAGUCUAACGAUACAUCUACGUACAAGAAAGACGUUGUGGAAGUAGGGGAAACCUCAGUCGUUCUUCGAAAGCCACAACACACCGAGUCCUCCACAGUAGAAGUGGAUCCUACAAAACGAAUAUCACGUCUUGGUUCCUUUAUAAGAGUAGACUCUGCAAAUGCAGAAGGUUCUACACAAACGUAUGUUAAUGGGGCUGGUGUACGUAUACCUGCGUCCGCAAUUGUACCACCUUUUAAUUAUAACCCGAAGCAAGAUAUCACUUCACAAAUAGCCAAAGUAACGCCGGACGAAACUGAAAGCAAAUUCAGAGUGACAGAUUGUCAUAGCGACAUAGUCACAGCUUCUACGAGAGUAACAACAGUAUAGGAAGAGCCUGUUAUGAAGUAAACAACUUUUUCCGUAGUAUCGCUUUUCUGUUCCAGGCUAGUCAUUGUAUAUUUGCUUUACUGCUGUAUUGAUCGAAAAUCAACACACAGUACAUAUUAUGAGUACUCAAUAAGUAAGUUAAAGGUUUUUUUUUACCUCGUCGUUUAAAGGGCACCGAAAAUCUUUAUGGUAUCUCACUAAUUU